AUGUUAAAUGCAUGGCAACAGUUAGCCCUCCUCCGAACAGCGGCAUGGGCGAAGGAGGUCGAACGACCAAGGCUUAUAGCACGCCGCUUCAAUGAUAACAUCCCGACCGAAGCUGGGGGCGAAAGACCACCUAAAGAAACCGCCGCUGUAGAAUUCCAGCGCUGGCUUGAGGACAAACCCCCAGGCUAUGUCGUCUUCAGUGAUGGCUCCAAGACAGAAAGAGAUACCGCAGGGUAUGGAUACGCAGUAUUCCACAACGGACGCCUCGCUGAUUGGGGCUUUGGCCAGCUUGGCCGCAGAGAAGUCUUUGACGCGGAAAUUCACGGCGCUCUCGAAGGCCUCCAAUGCGCUGUACUCGCCAACUUCACCAACGAACCAAUCACGGUCUGUAUGGACAACACCUCUGUCAUCGACUGCAUCGGAGCAACAGCACCAAACUCCUCACAGGCCUGUUUCAGAGCCUUUCAGAAGAUAGGAGACAAAUAUCCAUACCAGGUAUCUGUUAAAUGGUGCCCAGGACAUAGCAACAUCUUCGGAAACGAGCUGGCAGACCUUCUCGCCAAGCAAGGAGGCAAUCUCCCAGUCCCAGAGCACCUCCCCUCAGUCUCCUACCGCAGGAGACAGGUCAAGGGUCAGAUAGCCGUAGACUACCAGCAAUGGUGGCAAGGAGUGGAGAGAGCAGGUUACUCGUCGCUCGGCCUGACCGCCGAGCUACGGAAGCUCCCUGAACUCGCCCUCCCACGCCGUCUUUUGGGAUAUCUACUCGCUGCCCGAUCACAGCACGGUGACUUUGCGGACUACCACGAAAGAUUUCACCCAGGCCAGGCGACCCUGGAGUGCCCCUGCGGGCGCCAGAAGUCGCCUACCCAUCUCUUCUACUGCAGGAAAAUCCCUCGUCAUCUCCGGGCUCGGCUGACACCCGACCCUGAAGCGGCGAUAGGACGGUUCCUCGGUAGAUCCUACAAGGUUUACCUGCGCAUUGCGGACUUCUAUUACACGAAGAUCAACAAGCGCUACUAA